CGGGCGACACCGACACCGACACCGGCCUCGGCACCGAUGCACGGCGCGGAGGAGGCGGCGGCGGCGGCGGGGGGGCCGCGGGUGAGCGCAGCGAGCACGCAGACCGACAGCAUGGCCGGUCAAAUGCCAAGACUUUCUAAGGUCAAUCUUUUUACUUUGUUCAGUCUCUGGAUGGAGCUCUUUCCCUCAGCUGAGCAACAGAAAAAAUCACAGGUAAAGAAGAGUGGUCUAGUUGUGGUGAAAAACAUGAAGAUUAUUGGUCUUCACUGUUCCAGUACAGACUUGCAUGCAGGCCAGAUUGCACUCAUUAAACAUGGAUCAAGACUUAAAAACUGUGAUCUUUAUUUUUCCAGAAAACCAUGUUCAACUUGUUUAAAAAUGAUUGUAAAUGCUGGGGUGAACAGGAUUUCUUACUGGCCUGCAGAUCCGGAAAUCAGUUUGCAGAAUGAGGCGUCCAAUCCCAUCACUACUGAUGAUGCAAAGCUAGAUGCCAAAGCAGUAGAAAGACUGAAGUCAAACAGUCGUGCUCGUGUGUGUGUGUUGCUUCAGCCCUUGGUGUGCUAUAUGGUGCAAUUUGUUGAAGAAACUUCCACCAAGUUUGAUUUUAUUCAAAAAAUAGCAAAAUCUCAGCCUGGCUCGAAUACUGAUUUUUAUACUGCAUGUAGACAAGAGAGAAUAAAAGAGUAUGAAAGUUUAUUCCUAAUUGCAAAUGAGGAAACGCACAAGCAAAUAUUGAUGACAAUGGGACUGGAGAACCUCUGUGAAAAUCCAUACUUCAGCAACCUUAGGCAAAACAUGAAAGAUCUUGUCUUGGUCUUGGCGACAGUGGCUGCCAGUGUCCCUGCCUUUGGAUGCUUUGGAUUUUACAACAGUGAACCACAACGAACUAAUGAAACAGACCAUCAGGGUUUGCCCCAAGAAAUUGCAAGGCACUGUAUGAUACAAGCCAGACUACUUGCCUACCGGACAGAGGAUCAUAAAACGGGAGUUGGAGCUAUUAUUUGGGCAGAAGAAAAAUCAAGAAGCUGUGAUGGGACAGGAGCAAUGUAUUUUGUAGGCUGCGGUUACAAUGCCUUUCCUGUCGGAUCUGAAUAUGCGGAUUUUCCACACAUGGAUGAUAAACAAAAGGAUCGGGAAAUCAGAAAGUUCCGAUAUAUUAUACAUGCGGAGCAGAAUGCCUUGACAUUCAGGUGUCGAGAAAUAAAGCCAGAUGAGAGAAGCAUGAUAUUUGUGACGAAAUGUCCAUGUGAUGAAUGUGUCCCUUUAAUCAAAGGGGCGGGGAUCAAGCAGAUCUAUGCAGGAGACGUUGAUGCUGGAAAAAAGAAAGCGGAUAUAUCCUAUAUGAAGUUUGGUGAACUUGAAGGUGUAAACAAAUUUACAUGGCAACUAAACCCAUUGCACACUAAUGCCCUUGAAUUCCAAGACCCCACUGCCAGGGAAAAUGGGGUCCAGAAAACAAAAUCACUAGAUGACCAGCAGCACCAAAACAAGAAACUGUGUCUUGGUCACUAUUGAAUAAUUAAGCACUUCUGCAGCCUUGCUCUGUACUUUUUAUAAUGCAGCCUGUUUGCACUUUCAGAUAAGGAAGAGUUUUAUUUAUUGUUUGGAAAGUGAUUUUUAGAAUAAGUUUAUUUAUGAUGUCUUAAAUGUUUUACAGAAUUACCUGAAGGUCUUUUUAAUUUAGAUGUUCCUGGGGAAAAAAUGCUGCUUGUAUUUUCUGUGAAAGUAACUUGGUGGCUAAUCAUUGUUAACACAUUAAAAAAAAAAUACUGAAAGUUUAAUGCUGGUAAUAAUAAAAUGGUAUCUAUUUUGCUUGGUGUAUGGAUUGAGGGAAUGGAUUCCUACGUUCUGGGCUAGCAGAAUGCAGAGAUAAGCCCUCCUUCUUCAAGUACAAUCGUCAAGGGAAUCUUCUUGGAAACUGUAGAUCAGUAAUCACCAGCAGUUAUUCCUGUUCCUGAAAGUGGCUUUUGCUUUUCAGUCUGCUUGUGUAAAGGAGACAAAGCCAUUGUGAUGGCAGUCGUUGCUAGGUAAGUGAUUUGGAGAUCAAGCUUGUCUCUCACCCGUAACCUCUUCCAACUACCACAGCAGCAGAGCUGUUUCGUUUUGUGAUGCUCGCAUUGCUGCUCUGUGUGCUUCCUCGAGUGCAACCCGUCUGAAUUAAUGUCAACAAAGAUCAGCUUUGCUUUUUCUCAGCUUCUGGAUGCAGACCUAAAAGAAUUUAGCUGUGUGCAUCUCAGUGGCCCCUAGAUGCUCUGUGAAGGUGGCUUGUGUUUAGGUUUUGUCAAGCUUCACUAACAGGCUUCUAGAACUACAGAAGCUAGUAAAGUGCCAGACGUUCUGUUGUUUCUUAGAUGGGAUGGUCUGUAGCUGCAUCUUUUCAGGUGCUGAUCUCUUGGAUGACUGCACGUGGAGCAAGGGUGACGUUAAAACAGCCAGUGAAACUGCAGUCAGAUGUUGUUGCUGGUUUUGCGGGGAUGCUGGGCAGGUAGUGGGUAACCAGAGCAGAGAAUUGUACCCAACAUCUUUUGAGAGGUCACUGUCCUUACUCCCAUCUGCUUGCUGCUUUGACUGUGACCUCUGUUUGUUUUAGCAGAUGUUCCAAGACUUUCUGUUCACUCCUCUGCUGAGCUCUCAAGUGCCAACACCUUAAACCUUUUUCUGCUGCUGGUGGUACAAUAUAUAAAUGGCCUUUUCCCAGUUCUUCCGUGCAUCUCGUCUUUGCUGCCUUCCAUAAAGUCCUGGAAGGGGAAUUGCACCUUAAAAUGCUGCUGUAGGUCCCCUUUGUUUCUUUUAGGCUUUGGAAAAGGUUGGAACGAGCUAGCAAAGCUGUGACUGGAUUGCAUGCAAAGCACCCUUAACGUGGCAUUGGUUAUAUGGAGCCUGUUCUCACCCGGUUUGGCUGCUGGUCCUGUAACUUAAGGUACAGUUCUUGAUGCUUGGAGCUGCAGCAAGGAGCUGUGAUUCCCCGUGGCUCGCAGUAUAACUUUGGACGUGAGUACCUGGACUUCAGAACUGGGGAAUGCUUAUAUCCCCUUACUGCCAUGAGAAUUCACUCGCUGAAGCUGGAGAAGCUGCUGUUUCUCUGAGCCUCGUUAGAUUGAAGCCUGCUCCAGGGCUGCUGGUGGCGAGCAGUGCAUGCGGAGAUAGCGGCAGAGAUCUCAUCCUGACCUCCGGCGCCACUGCUGACUCGCCAGGCAGGGUGCCGACAGCCCCCUUCCCCAGAAGUGAACAAAGGAGAAAAACCUGACGGUUUUCUGUCAACUAAGGGAAGGGUGGUGUAAUCCAUUUUUAUAUCACCCCACAAAAAGCGCUUUCUCACAGUAGCUCGUGAGGAAAUCGCUGACCUGUCACUUCAGCAGGUUUUGUAACCUAGUGUGGCGGAGCCCGGGUCCUGAAUUUGGGACCGGCAGAUCCAGGUGCAAGAGCUCUGUGCUCACCUGUCAGAUUCACAGUCCAGUGCCUGGAGAUUAAGUAAUUGGUCUGGGUGCUGUACAGAAAGACAGUUUUCUUCCUCUUAUCAAUGAUUAACUUCAUAUGGAAGUUGCAAGCAAUGAAAUUGUAUAAAGUCAAAUGUUGGUGUUUCAUAAGCAAGAUUAUAAUCUGUUUUUAAAUCAUAAAUAUUUUACUUUGGCAUAUUUCUCCCUCCCUUCUUGUAAGCGUAUUUUGCUAGAAUAAUUACUCUUGGCUUCUUCUAUAGAUCAGAAGAACACUGUCCAGAUUAGAGUAAAAAGCCCAUCCCACUCCACUCACUGAAACCUUGUUUCCAUAAACCAUUGGCGAUGCUCUUCACCUCGAGGUAGAAGCAGGGAAAAAAAUGGGGGCAGGUUUAAGGCCCCUUCAAGUUUUAUACUGAUCAGUCAGCUGGUAUCAACAUUGAUGAAGAAAUCUCUGUCUUCAGGGGAACAGCUGGGAUGAUUGAACAGUCCCUGCAACAUCAUAGGUGGCCUGGGUACAUGGAGAAGUAAAUCAAGAUACAAGUCCAAUAUCACAUGCGUUAAAUAACUACACUGCAGUGAAUGCUGCUGGUAACCCGUACUUCAUGAGGAGUUAAGAUUCUGCACUUACUUUUUAUCAUUUUUUAAAAAGAGGAUUUUUGUACAAAACUUUUUGUGAAACUUGGAAUCGCUUGCAAGGCUGAAGGCUUGGAAGUCUGGCUUUAUUUCUGUAUUGUCUUUCUACAGCUUCCUCCAGAAGCUCACAAAUUUCUGCAGGCUCUGAUUAUCAGUAUAACCCUGCUUCUUUAAUUCUUACUGGGAUUAUGAAGUAGGGACUUUCUCCUGGCCAAUAGGAACGAUGUGAAUGGGCUGUCUCUCAACCCCUGCACUCUGUAGGUGCCGCUGUGCUUGUCAUCUGCUUGCCAGGGAGAGCCGCGGAAGAUUGGACAUGUCCUGCGGUGCUUAUUUUGCAAAUGAACUCUAGGUUGUUUAUUUCCUACCUAAAGACUACAGUGUAUUUUAAAUGAAGAAAUAGAAAAGUUAUAUAUUUUAUAUAUUGUAUGAAAUGUCCGUAUGCGUUUUGGGUCUCUUCCAUUCAUUUCAGAGCAGUCAUUUUAAAUUGCGGCUAUUAACUAUCGGUAAUGAUUUCACCUCUUGACUGAGAACUGCAGAAAUUCCCUGUUCAUUGUCUGCCUUACAACAAAACGUGCUUUCUGCUAAUAAAUUAAUCCGACAGGAA